CGAAUGACUCCCAGCACCCUCAGCGUGCCUUUCCCAACCCCCUUGGAGGCGGAAAUCGCCCAUGGGUCCCUGGCUCCAGAUGCCGAGCCCCACCAAAGGGUGGUUGGGAAGGAGCUCACAGUGAGCGGCAGGAUCCUGGCCAUCCGCUGGAAAGCUGAAGACUGCCGCCUGCUCCGAAUUUCCGUCAUCAACUUUCUCGACCAGCUUUCCCUGGUGGUGCGGACCAUGCAGCGCUUCGGGCCCCCAGUUUCCCGCUAAGCCUGGCCUGGGAAAAUGGGGCGAGGUCUCACUUUACCUCUCCUCCUAGGCAGUGCAUCAUCCAUCCUUCCCUAGGGCAGGAAUUCCCAGUUGCUGCUUUCUUGAGGGCCUCAUG